AUGUCGAAAGCAAAGGGAGGCGCUGGUGGUCUUGACCAGAUUGUCAAGCUUAUCGUUGGCGCCGGCCAGGCCAGUCCCAGUCCUCCUGUCGGUCCUGCGCUUGGUUCCAAGGGUGUCAAGUCUAUGGACUUUUGCAAGGAGUUCAAUGCCAGAACCGCCAACUACGUCGUCGGCACGCCGAUGCCCUGCCGCGUUACCGUCCGCGCCGACCGAUCAUUCCACUUCGACAUUCGCACGCCGCAGACAUCGUGGCUUCUUCUCAAUGCCGUCGAGGCGCCGAUGGGCAAGAAGGGAAACAGAAAGGGUGCUAGCAAGCCGGGCCACGAGACGGUGGGCACUAUCAGCCUGAAGCACGUCUACGAGAUUGCCAAGAUUAAGCAUACCGAGCUGCGCCUUUCAGGACUCUCGUUAGAGGGCUUGUGCCGAUCGAUUAUUCAUCAGGCCAAGUCUAUCGGCAUCAAUGUCGUUGCAUAA